UAAUAAUAAUCACGUGUUUAUUACCAAACCUGUUUAACCGCACCUGUUUCGAAAGUUGCGCUUUUGAAUGUAAACAAAUAGAAUGUGAACAGAAUGAGUACUUUUAAUAAAUUUAAUUCUUACUAUUUCAUUACCGCAUCAAAAGCAAUUAUCAUGUAUUCAGUUAUUAUUAUUUUUGUUUUAUUCAAUGUGGUUGCUGGCCAAGAAUGUUCUCAAAUGAGUAAUUGCAAAUGUAAAUUUACAAACGGAAGUGUCAUAGAUCUGACUAGUUUAGGCUAUCAUCAUGAAGCUCGGUUUAAAAAUAUGACGCCUGUAAAUGAUAAAAAUUAUACAUAUUACUAUAAUCCCUGUUUUCCUUUCACUCUUGGCGGUGCGUGUACUAAUGUAGCUGUUUGUCAAGUUGCAAAAUUCAAGGCAAACGAAUAUCAGAAUUGUGGAAAUACAAGCAAUGGAUUUGUUUGGAGUGCAGAUCGCAACUCAUUAAAUUUGCAGUAUAGUGUUGGAGGUGAUGAUGCUAAUCGAAGAAAAACAAAUGUUUUUCUUGUUUGUAACAAAGAAGCAACAAUACCCACAUUAAUAGUUACGGGCGAAAGUAAACCUGGAAGUAUGGUUUAUGAAAUGACUUUAACAAGUAAAUGUGCAUGUCCUAACCUCUGCCAUGAAGAUCAUCUUUCUGCUGGUUCUGUUCUUGUGAUAUUGUUUUUAAUAUUUGUUUUAUUAUAUCUUGUACUGGGAAUUAUCCAUUCAAGUUUAACACGUGGUGCUCACGGAUGGGAGUUGAUUCCUCAUUAUGAAUUUUGGGCGGAUUUUCCACUUUUAGUCCGAGAUGGCUGUGUCUUUGUAAUGAGUGGUUGCAAGGCAGAAACGGCAUAUGAAAGAAUAUGAAAGCAACUACAUCUUAGAGAUAAAAAGCAUGUGAAAAGUGAUUUUUAUAAAUAUUUUCUAUUUUGAGAUUUUAAGGUUUAUACUUAAACCUUCUGUUACACAAAGUAUUUUUUAAACUUUUCAAGAACAGAAAGUUGCGCUCAUUCAGAAAUAAUUACCAUUUUAUAGGCAAUAUUUAUAUGAUUUAUCUCCAGCUAUGUUUGGUGCUCAUUGCAAAAAAGGAUUUAAUUUUAAGCAAUGAAUUCAAUGCUCUUUAAAAAUAUGUUUUUUAGCAUUAGUUAUGAUGGCUCUGGAAGUUUGUGGUUUUAAUUUUUUUCUGUGUAAUUGUAGUAGUGUUUCUUAAUGUAAACUAUAUUGCCAUGCAUUUGAAUGUUUGUGUUAAAAAAAAUUUCUUUAUUCUUUUAAUUUAGUUUAAUUUUUAUAUUCUUUAUAGUUGUAAGGUAAGUUUUUAUGUUUAACCUAUCCAGUGCAGGGUGUUUAAAAAGACUUAUCUAAGGCACAGAUAUUAGUUCUGCCUUCUAGUUUUCUGUCAAAAGCUUUUUCACUCAUUUUUAUUGUUACAUAUUUUAAUAUUUCAUUCAAUAGCUAUUAAUUUCUUAAAUUUCUUCUCAUACUUGUUUAAAACCAUAAAUUCACACGAUAGAGGAUAAAUAAAAUAAGAUAUGCAUUAUCUGUUUUUUUAUGUAUGCUCAAGUUGAUAUUGUGUAACUGCCUACAAUAAUUGUUUGAUACUUUUCUCUACUUAUUUUAUUUAAUUAAAAACACUAAUUCUUUUAAAAAUAAAAAUAAUAAUGUAAGCUAUUUAUUAUAAACUAUUUAAAGAUUAAUAAUUUUAAAUGUCUAACUAUUAGUUUAAUUUUAUUUCAAUUCUUUCUAUUGGAAAAAUUUAAUUUAACAAGUAAACAUUUUGAAUGAAUUAUGAUUUUGAAAAUUUUUAAAGCGAUGUCGCAGAAUUUAUGAGUUACAUUUUUUUUUUAAAUUUGUAAAUUAGAUUAUUCUAUUUUAAUUAUUAUUGUUUUUCAAAUUUAAACAAAUAUGUUUAGUAAAGCCAUAUAAAAUCUGAUAAUUUGUUUUGAUUUAACUUAAUAGUCACUUGUUUUCAUUUUAUUUUAAUUUUGAUAUUUGUUGAUUUAUUUUUCUCUUGGUAUAUCCAUUCUUCUCCCAAUAAAUGUUCUUCUCUAACUUGUGUAUAAAUCUUUUGUGGAAACCUGAGAAUAUCAUGUAUUUUUUUUUUCUUGAUCUCGCUUUAGUUUUUCAUUGAACCUUUGUAUAGUUUCAUAAUGUGGCUGAAGCACAUAUACUCUGUGUUCUCUUUCAUUAAACCUUAUUGUUUUUCAGUUUUCCAGAAAAAAAACUUUAUUUUGAGUAUAAUGCCGCAAAUGUGCAAGUAAAAAUUUGCAAUAAACACUCUCACAGAACAAAGUACAAAAGUUUAUGUUGCACUUUUAGUUCUAUAAUAAUUAAACAUAUAAUUUUUAAAUAAUUAAAGCACUUGAUUUCCUACACAUUGUUUAUUAUACUAAAAUAGGCACUAUACUCAUAUUUAGUGCCAGUAUUCCUCAAAAAUUUAUUAAAUUUAGUUUUUCAAUUUUAUUAUUUUUUACUACUGCCUGUGUUCAAAUAUAUGGUACAUUUUGCUGUGCUUUAUUGAUUAUGUGAGUUUCAUUUAGAUCUGAAAAUUUAAUCUUCAUGUAUGUAUUAUAUCUAAUUAUGUAUGGUUAUGACUGAAUUUACAAAAAAUGCCUAAUUGAGUAAUAGUAUUUUGUAUUAUAGAAAAAAAAUUUUUAAAUAAAAACUUUGAAUGCAGAUUUAAAAAGAUUUAAGUCUUAUUUUUAAUUUGUACCCUUUUUUUUAAGUUUGUUACUUGUUUAAUGUCGUUUGCAAAUGUUUAUAAUUCAUAUUACACAAACUAAGUGAUUAAAGUAAAAACAUAAAUAAAUAAAUAAAGAUCUCUUGUUUACUUGGAAGCUAAUAUUAAACAGAUUUGAUAUCUUUUCUCCAGAAAAUACAGUUCUUUCUCUCUUUGUCUUUUUUUUUUGGGGGGGGGGAGGAGAGAGAAUAAAAUUCAUAUAUAGUUUUUUUUUUCUUUUUUCUCCAAGUUUCCAGAAAAUACAGCUUUUUGUCUAAUUUUAUCUUAAUGUUGAUAAUUUGAAAAAUGUUGCACAAAAAUGAUUUAAAAAAAAAGCUAUGUGCUAGGUAUAAUAUUAAAAACUGUGUUAUAUUGUAGAAUUUAAUAUUUAAUAAGCUCAUUCAAUUUUUUGCACUAAAAUAGUUACUAUUUAAAGGCAGCUAAGGUUAAAAUCCACUACAUUUAAUAAAUUGUGUGUUAAAUUUCUUCAAUUGUUAGUAAUAAUACCAAAUGACCUUCCUAUAUCCAUACUUCCUAUAUCCUGUAACUUUCCCUAUAUCCUUACAAUAUUUAUAUAAAAACUUAUUUUCUUUAAAAAAAAUUUUAAAAAACGUUACAAUAAAUAUCUAACAUUUGAAAAUUUUUCUAAAUUUUAAAUUUUCUGUUGUUCCAGAUAUUGUUGUUGUAAUUAAAUAAAUAAAAUUUAAUGCAAAAAUAAUUUAUGUAUGAAAUUGUUUUUGUUUUUUCUCUGUUAUGUUAGCUGUUGUAUUUUUACAUAUUGCUUAAAACAAGUGUAGAACAUUAAGGCUUAAAAGUUUGUGAAUACUUUCUUGGCAUUAGUUUUUUUUUUUUCUUCAUGGAAUAGUAUGUUUUGUCAAAAUGAUAUUUGCAUUCUGUUUGUUAUAUUUUUUUAUUGCUUUUUCGAUAUCGGUAAAAUUAUUUCCACCAUCUUUACUGUAUCAUGCUCCUGAUAUUGUGUUAUAAGUCUUAGUUUAUCUUUCUUAUUAACAGUUUGUUAUUUUGGCAUUUCUGAAAUCGGUAACAACAAUAUGUGCAAACUCUAAGCUCUCAAAGCUAUGUAAAAUGUAUUAUAAAUUUAAGUAUUGGUACCGUUGAAUUUUAUCAGAACUGAUAUUUAUUUCAAAAUUUAGUAGUAAAAUUAAAAAUAUAAGAAAAGUUCUUUUAUUAAUUUGGUUUAAACAAAGGUUACUUUGAAGAAGAAAAAAGGGGAGAAAAGAAAUGAGAAGAAUCUGCCUCAUAAAUAAAUUGACAACAUUCAUGGACAGCUCUUUGAAUAAAUAGUCCAGGGUCUAAAUUAGGCUUUUUAAAGUUAAUUGUCCUGAAUUAAUUGAAUUAAAUAUUUGUCUUUAAAUGUUAGUGCCAUAAUCAUACUGUAUAUUUUAACUAAACUAAAUAUUUACUUAUUACAGUAAAUUUAUGCUGCUAAAUUUUGUCUUAUAUGUUGCAUAAACAUUUAAUUUGCCAUUGUACUAAAAAAUGAACUUCUUUUUUAAUUCGGAGAAGAUAUUUGUUUUUUAAACUUACGUGAGUUUUUAAGUUAUGUCUCAUUACUGCUUAGGAUUUGUCAAACGCCAAUUUAGCAAAGUAUAAACUGCUUUAAUGCCUUUAUUUUUUGUUGGUGUGUGUUUCUUUGUUGUCCAGUUUUUGUUUACAGAGUUUAAGACCGCAAUUAUUAUUUUUUCAAAUUCAUGUUACAAAAUUUUCAAGGGCGUCGAAGGAGUCCUGUUUAAAGUGGGACAAUAUUAAAAUAAACAGUCACAAAGUUCUUUAAAUUUCACUACGAAAAAAAAAUUUCUCUGUGAAAUGUCUGAUAAAGAAUUAAUUGUUUUUAUUUCUUAUUUUUUUGCAACUGCUGAAUUUAAAUUAAUGAUGAUUCAUAAAAGAUUUCUUUAUUUGAUUGAGGGGAAUUUUUAGGGAUUUCUAAUUAUUAAGGGAUAUAUAUACCACUGUUCUUCCCCAAACAAAUGAUAUCCAUGCAUAUGUUACUUUGUAUUUUUAUUGUUCUACUUUUUGAUUGUUAAAAAAUUAGGAUGUGCAUACGCUUUACAAAUCAAUUAAAUAUAUAAUAUUUCAUUAAGUCUGAAUUCUUAACUACGAAAUUUUAAGAAAUAUUUAACUUUGAAAGCUGUAUAUUUGUAUAAAUGUGAAUAUCAGUUUUUAGGUUAUAUUUCAAUGUAUGAAUGUUUUUGCUUUUUGUAUUUUAUUGAAAAAUGCUAACAUUGUGAUAUUAAUAAAACAUGAAGAAGAACAAGUGAA